AUGAAACAUAAGGAGAGACUGGUCGCGAAAGGGUAUGUUCAAAAACAAGGUCUAGAUUCUGAGGUGGUUUUUGCAGGAGUUACACGGAUCGAAAUAGUGAGACUAUUAUUGGCUUUAGAAGCAAAAAGUAGCUGGGAGGUUCAUCACCUUGAUGUGAAAUCAGCUUGCUUGAAUGGUGAUCUUCAAGAAGAUGUAUACGUAAGGCAACCAGAAGGAUUUGUCGAACAAGGAAAGGAGCAUCUAUUGUACAAGCUAAUAAAGGCUUUGUGUAGACUUCGUCAAGCACCACAAGCCUGGUAUGCAAAAUUAAGAAACUGUUUAGAAAGCCCGGGUUUCACAAAAUGUCCGUACGAGCAUGCAUCACUACGCCAUAAGUGGCCUGAUGCAAUGGUUAUUGGAAAGUGUUACAAGCAUUUCGUUGCGGUAGUUAUGAAACAUAAGGAGAGACUCGUCGCGAAAGGGUAUGUUCAAAAACAAGGUAUAGAUUCUGAGGUGAUUUUUGCACCAGUUACACGGAUCCAAAUAGUGAGACUAUUAUUGGCUUUAGAAGCAAAAAAUAGCUGGGAGGUUCAUCACCUUGAUGUGAAAUCAGCUUGCUUGAAUGGUGAUCUUCAAGAAGAUGUAUACGUAAUGCAACCAGAAGGAUUUGUCGAACAAGGAAAGGAGCAUCUAGUGUACAAGCUAAUAAAGGAUUUGUCUGGACUUCGUCAAGCACCACAAGCCUCGUAUGCAAAAUUAAGCAACUGUUUAGAAAGCCCGGGUUUCACAAAAUGUCCGUACGAGCAUCCAUCACUACGCCAUAAGUGGCCUGAUGCAAUGGUUAUUGGAAAGUGUUACAAGCAUUUCGUUGGGGUAGGUAAGAAAUUUUUAUGA